UGUCGGAGCACCGACGGUGGAUUUGUCAAUGUGCUUAAAUUUGUGCGUAAAUGCGAAUGCAAGACGGUAGGCAACACCGGAAUCACCUCAACGACGUUUGGAGUCGAUUUACGCCCACUCUCAUGGGACAGGAGUGUCUUCUACAGUACUACCGUGCUAUGAACACACUUGAUUCUUUGGGUGGACUUGAGUUAUACGUUUUAGCAUGUGUUCCAUUUAGUUGUUGUAACCACUUGUACGAUUGCUGAAUCGGUCGAUUGCACAACAGGCUACUGUUUGUGAAGUAUGGUUUCAUUCAGCCUUCGCCCGUCCAGAUGCAUGCCUGGUACUGCAAGGACGGUUUACUUUUUUAUUGUUCCAGACCACAGUUGUAGAUUGGAGUUAAGAGAUUAGAAAUACUAGUGUACUAGUGAGUAAAUUAGCUUUUGACUGGAUUCAAAUGCGUUAUUGGACAAACUCAAACAACUUAACUUUUCGUCCGCCACUUCUUUGCGCGUUUGAAUUGUAAUAAUCCAUUAAUCCCAAUUGGAAUUCAGGUGUUGUGUUAUUUAUUUUCUCCCUCCAACAAACCUUGAUUCUGACAUUGUUGCCAACAGGCCGCUGCGUUAACAUAGUUGGGGAAACCUCCCCCUUACGAUAGGCUACUAAUGCACGGGCUAUUAAUAACUUUACUGUUCAUAAAACAUUUGUUGACUUUCGACUUUACCCGCGAGAGAGGCCUAUUUGACAGCAUAAAAAAAACUUUUAUUAGUGGUAAUUUAUUACAAAACUGUCAUCAAACAUUUUAAAAUGGGAUUUUAACCCUUUAAGGACUGCUGGAUCUGCUGAAUAUUUUCCCUGUUCAUGCUGUAGAAUUCUGCAGUGCUAAUGCUCAAACAUCUGUCAGGGUAGUCCUGCUACCUGCUUCCUGGAGGGGUUGGGCAAAUACGGCAAUUGAAUGACCUAGCCUGGGUCACAUAGGCUACUAUCACAAGCGGUAUACUUGAUAGUAUUAGUCUGGGGACCAUCUAUUCAUUUUCUGACAGAGUGUAUCUAAACUAUUUAAAAUGAAACCUGAUGAAAAGUUGGUUUCAUUUCUGGUGUCAACAUGGUAGAUCUACAAACUAACAAGUAAAACUACAAGCUUCCGUUUGUCUUAUCACUUGUCUUGCCCUCCCUCCCGUUCUGCUGUUGUGCUCCCACACUCAGGGGAAGAUUUCAGCGUUGGCAUCCAUGCUGCCCUUCAGAUUGGAGUGAGCGCAUGGGAAGGCAGUAUGGGAAUUCCCAGACUAGCAAUGACCCAGUCUGUCUGUCUAGCAGAAGCUGGUCAUCGUGGGUGUCACUGAGGGGUGACCCCCGUCCCUUAGGAUCCCUGAGGAUCUGAUCUGAGUCCCAGGCCGGGUUCCAGUACUCACAUUUACACACAUACAUACACACACACACACACACACACACACACAGCAUGGGGAACGUGCUGAGCUGCUGCUGUGCUGAGAAGCCUUGCGAGCGGCAGGACGAGGAGCAGAGGCUGAUCGGAGAGGGAGUCGCGAGCCCACAGACCUCCCUGAAAGUGUCGGAAGGGGGCCCGGUGAAUCCAGACUGCGUCACCACCGAGAGCUCGGAAUCGCCCUCUCCCACUACUGAACAUAAUGACCAGAGUAAUACCAGCCUGCUGCUGGAGGCCACCCCACCUGAGGAGGCGCCAUGUCCUGCAGCACUGCAAAAGCACGUGGCCGCCACCUCAGCAUCGCCGGUGAAACUGGACGCAUCGGUUGUUGUUGUGGUGCCAGAAGCAGCCUUGGUCUCUGCUCAGGAUGACGGCAACGCGUUGUCGGAUCAUGAGAAGGUGGCUUCGGGACUGGUGUCCGAAGCGCUAGCAGGUGCCACCAAGAUUGUGGCGUCUGAAAGUUUUGCCAAGUUGGCGGCAGAAGGUGGUGGUGGUGGUGUGGUAGUGAUGUCCUCCUCUCCACAAACCCACCAGGCUGCAUCAGUAGCAGGUCUAGUUGGAACCGGGCCAGUGCUGGAGAGCAAGCUUGUACCUGUAGAGAAGACCGUCGAAGCGGUAACUUCACUGGCUACUGAUAGCCAUACGCCUGCCACAGGGAUUCAGAUACAAGCCAGUCCAAAGGGGACCGUGUCCCAGGCCACAAUAAUAGAAAAGGCGGAUAACCAGGCCUCAUCCUCUCCUGCUAAGAGUUCACUCCCUUCAGCUGGAAGCCAUUCUGGGUCAGCUGAGAAGCUAGGCCUUGAUCUGCAAAGCUCUGACCAUGCUAAGCUAGACACUGAGUGUGACUCGACCGAGACCGAAGCGAAGGCGGUUGAGGUCUGCCAUGUUAAUGCAGAAGGUCAGAAUGUGUCCGCAACAGCAAUGCUGAAUGAAGCGACUACUACGCCAUUGGUGGCAUCACCCAGGAAGGAACUGCUGCAGGAUGCUGUUGUGCACUUAAAUGGAUCUCUCCCAGUCGACAAAGUAACGGAGGAAGCAUCCUCUAAGACUGCCAGUGCUACUGAAGACCUAACCAUCACAUCUGUAGAACCAGUGUCUGAAGGGACGGAGAAGCAGGGCACUCCAACGAGGAGCCAGGAAAAAUCUAACGAUGAGGCGGUCAGUCAGGCCAUAUCCACUCCAACUAAAAGCCCACCUGCUUCAGCAGUUGGGAUCGACAACCAACCCACGGACAUCAUUACCGAUAUCCAGACAGUUUCCGUCGAGCAGGUAGGCAGCCAAGCUGUUUGCGGUUUAGCAGAGAGUCAGGCUGUGUUAUCUGAGCAUCUAGCCAAGGCUGAUUCUGAAGUGCCGAAUGAGGAAGCUAUGCCACUGGUGGCCUCACCCAUAAAUAAAGCACCUGCGGAGCUACACUUAAAUGGGUCCUUUGCAGAGGAAUCGGCCACCUGCCCUGCACUGGACCCCACUAUUGAGGAGAAACCCUCCUCUAUCAUUGCCAAUACUACUGAGGAUGCCUCGGUCACAACCCUGGAGACGAUUCCCAAGGAACAGGACAGAGGUCAAUCAAACGACAUUGCCAAAACUAGUGACGUAUCGUUAGCCGACAAGUCGGCUAGCAGUGAGGGUAGUCCACCACAAGAGACCAUAUCCACGAUUCCACCAGGUGUAAAGCAGGAAGCCAAUGAGAGUCCCAAGAGCUUGUCUCCUAUCAGUGGGGAUGAUGUCCAGGUGGGGAGUGGUGAGCAUGAAGCACUGCCAGAUGGCUCCACAGCCCAGCAUCAGGACCAGGACGCCCAGCAACCGCACCCAGAGACUGACCUUCACCUUGACUUCUCCUCUACUACCUCCGAUGGUUCUCCAAGUGCAAAAGCUAGCAAGGAUAGCACUGCCAGACCUGCCCACAAAUCUGACCUCAAAGACGAGUCCUGCCAGGAUGAAGACCUGAAGACCAGUACGCUCGUCUCAGUAACGACUGAAAAUACUGCACCAACUGAAACUGGGGGCUCUCCUGUAGGGCCCUCACCCCAGGAGAAGAUUGCUACUGACACUGACACCAUCUCCUCACUGGGAAACUUGGUGGAAGAACAGGAGACUGGGAAACUGAUGAUAUCAACGGAGGACAAGUUAGACACUGAGCUGAAGGGUGGCAUCACUGAUGAAGGACCAGUAGAAGGUUCCAAGGACGAGGAGUGGGAUGUUGUGGACGGCAAUGACAUGUGGGUGACUGAUGGUGAUCUGUACCGUGGAGAGGAUGAAAUUGAGGAAGACCUGGAGAAAGAGCUGAUCAAACUCAAGGUGGAACAGCGCUGCAGUCUUGAGCCUCCGAUGGCCAUUCUGGCGUACAGCGAGAGGGAAUGGAAGGGACAGACGGCCAAAAGUGCCGUCAUCAGAAAGGGCUAUGCUGCUCUCUCCCAGGGCUUCUCCUUGCUGCAGCGUGUGAGGGGCGAUAACUACUGUGCCCUGCGUGCCACCCUGUACCAGGCCCUGAUGAGCCCCACUGGCCCUCCUGACUGGCUGCAGCAGGACAGCUUCCUACGGAUUCCUGAGGAUCUUGAGUCCCGUCAUGGUCUGAUGGAGGGAUGGCUGUUUCCUGAAAUAUGCCUGCCCAUCAGCGGCACUGAGAAUACUGUAGACCUGAUGAAACACUACCUGGGCCUUCUCCAGAAAUGGUGGCUUGAGGCGGCUGCGGCCCCCGGAGGUUGGGAGGGUCGUAGGGGGGUGUGCGAGCAGCUCUUCCAGGGCGGAGAUGAGGAGUUUGGGCUGAUGGAGGCCCUGAAGCUCCUGAUGCUGCACCGCGCCAUGGAGCUCCACUCCGCCAUGCAGCGCGGCGACGACGUGCCCAUCUUCUGUUGGCUCCUGUUCGCCCGAGACACCUCGCCCUGCCCACGCACCUUCCUGGCCAACCACCUGAGCCAGGUGGGCUUCACUGGAGGCAUGGAACAGGUGGAGAUGUUCCUGCUGGGCUAUGCACUGCAACACACCAUCAAGGCCUUCCGCCUUUACAUGGCCGACACAGAGGAGUUCAUAACCCACUACCCUGACGACCACAUUCCGGAAUGGCCAUGCGUCUGCCUGGUCACCGAGGACGACCGCCAUUACAAUGUGGCAGUUGGCGAGCCUGCCAGUGACAGUGACAGUGCCAGCGCCAGCCCACCUCAGGAGGAGAUUGCUGAUUGACCUUGAUGGACUGUCAAGGUCAUCGCUUUUUUUUGCUGCAGUUUGACUGUCAAACCUUUUGACAGCUGGGUGCUAUCUAUCAUGGCCAACUCAGGAUACCUUUUCCCCCCAAAAAUUAUGCCGAAUUGAAAACUUUGCCUAAGUAUAAUCCUUCCUUAUGACCAUAUUAACUGCACGACAUGUGUCUUUUCCCCUUUUGCAUCGGAUGCUUUUGUAUGGUGAAUGGACUACAACGUAACCAGCGCUUUACAGUGACCGAGAGCGCUUUUCAAAUCUAAUGCCUCAGAAUUAACCAAUUCACACGCUCCUUUGUACGCCAAUGGCAGAAGGCUGCCAUGCGAGGUGCCAACACGGUGUAAUGGACACGAGAGUGGUACGGUACGGGGUUCAGGUUCUAACUCCACAACACUUUGACCUAGUCACCAUGGGAGCUUGAAUCAAACGGACGACCCUUCGGUUUGGUUAGUGGAUGACGUCUUUGCUUGCUGAGCCUCUGUUGCCCACCCGAAGAAAGGGACUUGUUGAUUGUGUACAGUAAACGUCAUACCUCCUGCAGAUAAACUGGCGUAAAAG